AUGGUGGAAAUGGGCAAUGAAAUUGAAGAUGGGUCUGUGUCUGGGUCUGGUUUACUUGAGAUUGAGAAGAUGAUAGACACACUAACGCAAUCUGGGCGUGUGGGUGACACGCGCCGUCUCAAGGUUUUUGCGGCGUGUGAUGUUUCGAUUCUUGAGAAGGUUUUGCCACACUGCAAUGUUGAUCAGUUGAUGUAUGUGGAGAAGUGUUGCAAAUCCAGAGGGAGAGAUCUGAGCCUUGUGACUGAUCAGUUGUGGAAGAAAUUCUACGAAAGGGAAUUUGGGGUUUCAAAGGCUGAUGCUGUGGUUCAAAGGAUGAGGGAAAAGAAGGUUUCAUUCAAGUGGGUGAUAUUGUAUGAGGCUAAACUGAAGGAAAGGGCUGAGGCUGAGAACAAAGCGAUUGAUCGAGUAAAGCAACUUUACAAGAAAGAGAAUGAGAGGAAAAAGAGUAGGCAACUCAAGGUUUGCGAAGCGGUGAAACCCAUCACAAGAAAGAGGGGAUGUGAUGAGAUCUGUAACAUAAAGAAGGGAAACUUGAUGAAGAAGGCAAGAAAAGAGUUUGAAAAUUGCAGAGAGGUGAAGGAUCUUGCUGCUAUCAACAGGAUUGCCUUGCAAAGGAAAUAUCAUCAUCGUCCCUCUUUGUUCAUUAAGUGA